AUGGAUUAUCUUACAAUAACCUCUAUCCGUGAUAGGCCAGCGAUCUCCAUUCUGGCCUCAGUGGUCGCCUAUGGUGCGUUGUACAUUGUGUUGAGAGCGGUCUAUCGACUAUUUCUACAUCCGUUGUCGGCCUUUCCUGGACCCCGCCUCGCGGCUGCCACGAGCCUUUGGAAAGCAUACUAUCAAUGCACAGGAUCUUUCACACAUCACUUGAUCGACCUGCAUAAGAUCUAUGGUCCCGUUGUUCGAAUACAGCCUCAUGAGCUUCAUUUCCAAAGCACCGAUGCGUUCUUUGAUAUCUAUAACACCAAAAAUCGGUGGGAUAAGGAUGCUGCACUAUAUCACUCCUUCGGUGAAGACGAGUCAUCAUUCGGAUAUGUCUCUCACUUGGAGGCAAAAGAACGCCGUGAUGUACUCUCGAAGAUCUUUUCGCCAAAGGCAGUCGAAGAGGCAGAGCAUCUCAUACUCAUGAAGGUGAACAAUUUCUGCGCAGCGCUGACUCGGCAAAACGCGGCUGGGAAGCCUUCAGACCUCCUUUUCGCCUUCCGCUGCGUGACGAUGGAUGUGAUCACAUACCUCUGCUUUGGGCAAUCAGGAAACGCCGUUGACGAACCCGACUUCCAUGAUCCACUGAUAGAGGCCAUGCACAACUCGACUGCCCUGGUCCCCGUGUUCUUCCAUUUCAAAAUCAUCAGGAAACUAAUCAUGGGCAUGCCGCCGGAGAUGGCUAAGAAGUCAGCCCCAGAGACGGCGGGUCUCAUCAACAUGCAGGUGCUCCUGAAGAAGCAAAUCGACCGACACGUGAACGACCCGGAGACACUAGAGACGCUACCACACAAGACAACGAUCUACCACAUCCUCCUGGACCCGAAAUCGCACAAGUCACGAGGCCCGGCGAGUGCCAAAUCGCUGUACGAGGAGAGCCAAGCACUGAUGUUCGGCGGCGGCGACACGACCGCCAACGUCAUCAUGGUCGGGACAUUCUACCUCCUCAAACGGCCAGACUUGGUGCAGAAGCUCCAGGACGAGCUGAGGGAGUACUGGCCAGAUCUGGUGCCGGGGAGGGAGCCGAAGCUCAGCGUUCUCGAAGAGAUGCCGUUCUUGAACGCCGUAAUCAAGGAGUCGCUCCGCAUUGGGCCGGGCAUUCCAAGUGGAUUGCCGCGAAUCAUCCCUGCGGGUGGUGCGGUGGUCGAUGGCAACAAGGUGCCUGCCGGGACUGUUGUGAGCACAAGCUCGUGGUUCGUGCACCACGAUGAAUCUAUCUUCCCGGAGCCAGACGUCUUCAAGCCCGAGCGCUGGCAGGGCGAGCAAGCCAAGGAACUCGAGAAGUAUCUUGUCCCAUUCAGCAAAGGCGCCAGAAUGUGUCUUGGUUUCAAUCUUGGCUGGGCCGAGCUGCGUAUGGUUUUUGCACAUACUUAUAGGAAGUUUGAUCUGGAGUUGGCGGAUGAGAGUCCACGAGCGGAUCAUUUGCCGUGGCGAGACGUCUUUGGGCCGAACUAUCAAAAGCCAAAUUUGACGGUUUGGAUGAGGCCUGCCAAGGGGUGA